AUGGGUAAGGAUAUAGUUCAUGAAAAGUCUCCCAAUGAGCCUGGUAGACGCCACAAAUUGUGUUGUUAUGAGGAUGUGCACGAGGUUCUAACUGAAAAUACGGGGACGAAUGAAGUUAAAGGCAUCGCAGUAAAUUUUCCUGAAGAUGAUGAUGACAUACCUUUGAAUGCAAACAGCUUCUCAGGCAUGAAAAACCUUGAGGCCCCGUUUGGUGGGCUGGACUGGACUGGACUGGACUUUUCCAAUUAA